AUGACCAGGCUGCUCCUGGCGCUCUGGGCGUCCCUGGUGUCUGUGGAGCUCGCCCGAGGCUUGGCGAAUAGGGCGCCAGCCGGAAACCUGAGCUGCUUCCAAUGUUUCAAGGUCCACCGACUCAACCGGUGCCAGCCCAAGGUGUGCCGGCCGGAGGAAAAAGUCUGCCACAGCAACGAGGUGCUCCUUUACACGAAGUCAAGGAGAAGAAUCCAGAUCAGCAAGCGAUGUGCUGUCCAGUGUCCCAGCUCCAACAGCCAGUUUGAGUGGACACUUACCGAAGGAAUCCAGGCCAAAAUCAUCAGACGAUGCUGUUCAGAGCAUCUCUGCAACAGAGCACCCGACACCCAGGAGAGGUUCAGGGCCCUGCCAGGGAGGAUCCUGCUGCCAAUGGGUCUGGGCCUCUUCGGCACCCUAUUGUGAGGACCAUUGCCCUGUGACACCCCCUCCACCCGUGUAGCACCUCUUGUCUCCCCCCUCGAGUGGCUAUCCCACCUCCAUCCAUUCCAGGACUUGCACGGUGGAAGGGACACCAUGCCCUUUGCUCAGGACCCAGCAGUCUGCUCCUACCCGACAUCUUGACCCUGGCCAUGGAAAUAAAG